AUGUCACUACCUCCAGAGCGUAUCAGCGUCAAGCGCCGUCGUGAUGAGGCUCCUAUUGAAACCUUUUAUCUUGAGCAGAGCACCCGUGCCAAAAGACAGUUCACUGCCCAGAGCUACCAGUUACUUAAGCGUCCCAUAGUCCCUGUCUCGCAGCAGCCACCGCCUGUCGACCGUGCCGUCACUGCACCGGCGGGUCCUCAGUCCAAGCAUGACCAGAACGGGAUCCCCACCAUCCGGAGUACCGCUCCUGGAGACGAAAUCAACGACUUCACCAAGUUUAUUCGACAGCAGGCGCAACCGGCCUCGAAGGAAGGCGCCGAAGAGGCGCUACUCUCGACCGACAGCGAGAGGCCUCAAGCAACAUCCCCGCCAAAGCCUUCCCGGCGACUCGAUUUGCCCAAAGAUAUCCGACGCUUUCAUCUAACCCGCGACCUGUCCUCGUCGCAUAAUGCCAGCAGGCCUUCUGGAAUCCGCAAGAAGUCCUCUCGCAGCUCAUCGCUGCGCCCGCCACUUCCCACGUUCGUCGAAAGACAGGUGUACGAUGGUCUAUAUGCCAAGCCCCCAGUAGACAAGAUGGUAAUGGAAGGAUCGAAGACAUCUGUGGACUCUCCAAGUGACACCAUAGACGCACAAUCGAAGGAGAGUGUGUCGAUUCCCACGUUCGUCAAGCCGAAGACGCCGCCUACAAAAUCUGGUACUUCCUUGCAGGAUCCUUCACGCACUUGGAAUCGCGAAUCAGAUCAGCUUGCUGACGAGCUCGCCGCUUUGGCUAUGGAAAUGGAUCCGGAUGCUCAGCCAGACUCUCCUGUGCGCGAGGCUCCCUCUUCGUCCGUAGCCGGUCCCGACAUCCAGCCCGCUCGCCCAAACCCCAUUGAGGAGGAAUACAUCUACGAGACCUACAUCAGAAUAUCAGAGGAGAACCAUUCAUCAAACACUAUGGACCCCAAUGUUUCCGUGUCGAAUGUCGGUGUCCUCGUCAUUGAUGAAGAGGAUGAGGACUUGUGGGAAGGUUACAUGCAGAGCGAUGACGAAUCAGACUGGGACGACGAAGAUUCAAAUGCCGAAGACAACCCUGCCAAUGACUAUCCAGAUGAAGAACUGUCUUCAGACGACGAGUUCAGCCGCAAUCCCUACCGGUACCAUCAGGGUGAUCUCGGCUAUGACGACGACGACAGUGACCAUCCCACCUACAACUAG